AUGGCUGCGUGCCUUGCCGCCGAUGUGCACGACGUGUGGCCGUCCGGUCAGCCGCCACAACGACCGUCGUCACCGGAAACGAGAUGCCAUCAUGUUCAGCACACGCCGCGGUUGUACCAGGAACGCAUAAAGCGGCGGCCGCGUCGACGGCGUACCGUGAAAGUAACAUCAUUGCCACCGCCGAUGCCGUUACAAAGCGCGGGCAAUAUUGUUAACAACAACAAUAUUGACUUCAGCCUGUAA